ACAAAUAAAUUAAGAAACGAAAGGCCUCAGAAUUCCAAAAUAAUAAAAUACUGAAUGGCUGUCGUUGGCGUGCUUGCUCUUCAGGGAUCUUUUAACGAACACAUUGCAGUUCUUAGAAGAUUGGGAGUGAAAGGAGUGGAGAUAAGGAAGCCAGAACAGCUUCACAAUCUCACUUCUUUAAUAAUUCCUGGCGGUGAAAGCACAACUAUGGCUAAGCUUGCUGAAUAUCAUAACUUGUUCCCUGCGUUGCGUGAGUUCGUUAAGACAGGAAAGCCGGUAUGGGGAACAUGUGCAGGUCUCAUUUUCUUGGCAGACAAGGCCGUUGGGCAAAAAAUAGGAGGCCAAGAAUUGGUUGGUGGCCUAGAUUGCACAGUGCACCGGAAUUAUUUUGGCAGUCAGAUUCAAAGCUUUGAGACGGAGCUAUCAGUUCCAGUACUUGUAUCAAAAGAAGGUGGCCCUGAAACAUUCCGUGGAGUUUUUAUUCGUGCUCCAGCUGUAGUUGAUGUUGGGCCUGGGGUUGAAGUGCUGGCUGAGUAUCCGGUAACAUCUACCAAUAUUUUGUAUUCAAGUUCUGCUGUUCAAAUCCAAGAGGAAACUGCUGUGCCUGAAAAGAAAGUGAUUGUAGCCGUGAAGCAGGGGAAUAUGUUAGGAACUGCAUUCCAUCCUGAACUGACAGCGGAUACGCGAUGGCAUAGUUACUUCUUGAAGAUGGGAAGUGAUGCUCUAGUGGAGGCCUCAACUAGCAUUGUCCAAGUAGGAGUAGAUCAAAAUGUCGACGAAAAACCAAGGAUUGACCUUCCGGUCUAUCAAUAAUGGAAGUUUGAUAAGUGAUUAGUAGCUUUACAACUUUAAUUAUUCGUUCUUCCUUUUGAAGAACGGAGAUAAUAUUCGUUUUUACUGCAGUAAUACAUUACUUUGAUGUCGAAUUGUCUCAUGGAGGUCAUUUUAUUUUCUUAGGUUGGUAGGUUAGAUCUAUAAUACAAAAACAGAUUCAUGGGUUUCACCUGUGUACGUAAUGCUUAAAAGAAGUAAGCUUUCGAAUUAAUAGAAACAUGUAAAAUAAACACAAUGAAAUUGAAAUUUUGUUUUUCUGCAUGUUGGCAA